GUACCUGGACGCCAAACUGAAAUCCUCUCCGGAACUCGAGGUUGGGGAUUUGAUGAUGCGGUUCGCGGCGGACGUGAUCGGGGUCUGCGCCCUCGGACUCGACUGCCAGGGGAUUGCCGACGAGGAGUCUGAGUUCCGGGCGGCCGGGCGCAGGAUGAAACCCCUCAAGUGGAAGUUCUUCGUCAGGCAGGUGCUGCGUUCUAUCCAUCCAAAGAUCAUCCCGUGGCUCCGGUGGAAAGCGACGGACAGGAAGGCCGAGGAUUUCUUCAUGGGGGUCACGCGGGAGGCCAUCAAACAUCGGGAGGAGAAUCAGGAUAAACGGACGGACUUCAUGCAGCUCUUGAUCAACCUCCAACACGAGGAGCAGAAGACGCUUCAGGAUGGUGCAGAACCUCUUUUUACCGACCACGUCGUUGCUGCACAUGUGAUGAUAUUUUUCUUAGCCGGCUUCGAGACAGUUUCUUCGGCGGUGAGCAGCUGCUUAUACGAGUUGGCAUUGAAUCCCAGCAUCGCCUACAAGCUUCACGCGGAAAUAGAACGAGUCCUGGCUGCUCACGGUGGUAAACUCGAUUACGACUCGCUCAAAGAGAUGCAUUACAUGGGCACUGUCUUAGAAGAAACUCUGCUGAAAUACCCAAAUACAGGAUUUUUGAAAAGAAUAUGCACGAAGGCAUACGAAAUUCCGAACUCAUCUCUCCUCAUCAAAGAAGGCACCAAUGUUCUUAUUCCAACUUAUAGCCUGCACCACGACCCUCAGUACUUUCCAGAGCCAGAAAAAUUUGACCCUGAUCGAUUCAAUGAAGAAAAUAGGUCAAACAUCGUCCAGGGAGCAUAUAUUCCAUUCGGCGAUGGUCCUAGGAAAUGCAUAGCGAUGAGGUUUGCAAUGAUGGAAGCCCGGGCUGCUCUGGCGUCGAUUAUGAGGAAGUACACGGUACACCCAACUUCAAAGACGCAAAUUCCUCUCGUUUUUGCCGACGGCAAAUCUGGAAUACCUCGGCCUGAGAGAGGCAUCCAUCUAAGAUUCCAAGCACGAGGAAGUCAAUGCCAAUGAUUUAGUGGCACACGUUUUUUUUUUUUCAAUGGGUCAGUUGCACUGGUCACAGAAUCGUUUUUUGAUGCUUGAUUCUUGCAAAUUAGCUAACAAUAUUAAGUUGAUCCGAUAGAUGCCAUAUUUUGUGUCAGAACGGCAUGCGAUAUAUCGCAUCAAUUGGUUCCAGUUUUUCAGCCACUCGUCAUUUUUCUCCAAUUUUGAGAUCGCAAUCCUGUUGUCAGGAGACUAGA